AUGUCUAACAUUCAAUGGGAUCCUCUGACUACCUGCGAGAUGAAUAUUGCCUCUCAAGAGAGCAGGACUUGCUGCGGUCUCACUAUAAAAGACACAUCUUGCAAGAGCAAGAUCAGAUUACCAGUCAUUCAAGUGGGCCUCCAAAGGGUGACAAGCCUGGCCAGACGCCCACUUAACUUGGCGACCUUGGAGCUCUCUCUUCGUGAUAUUGCAAAGUGCUUCUUGUGCGCGAGUUGGCACCAAAGCCAGGAAACCAACGAUGUAGCUCAAAGAUGGUAUCAAGCCGCUGUUCGAAACUCGACGCCAUGCAGUGGUACCGGCCGCUCGCCUUCACCGCCGAUAGCGCAUUCGUCUUCGAGAACCUCAGUCGCUCAGAUAUCGGAGCUCGAUCACACCGUCCAGUCAGGUACGCCCAAUACACCACCCCACACGCCUGCUACAAGCGUGCCAUCUCCGAGCAUGGGGUCGUUUGUCACAGCUGCAACACUCAGAUCGAAUAAUGUCCCCUGGAAUAUCUCGCCUGACCAUCCCGCUUUCCUAUCGUGCGUCACCAACACUUGGUCCGGUGUGCAGGGCAGAGAGCUCCAUAGUUUGGGCCACAGUGAUGGGGUUUCUGAUAAAUACUGCACCUUUUGUCUAGCCGAAUAUGGAAAAAUGCAAAAGAGUGCGUAG